AUGUACGCUGUUGAAGAAAGGGCUCAUCCGGUGCCGCCGCCACCGCCGCCCCUCUCAAUGGAUCGCAUCUCGGCUCCGUCUGCUGCAUACCCAACACCGGGGUCGGGUCCGCUACGGACCUCCGACCAUCUGGCGCCGAUCGCGACCAUUCACGAUGGUCGGAUCUGGUCCCUCCAAGUGGUUCAACAACCCAUCCGCGCUCGCAUGUGUGGGUUUGGCGAUAAGGAUCGAAGACCGAUUACGCCACCGCCAUGUAUUCGCCUGAUCGUGCGAGAUGCACAAACCGAAAAAGAGAUUGAUAUCAAUGAAAUCGACACCUCGUUCUAUGUGCUCACGGUCGAUCUAUGGAACGCCGACGGCACCAACGAAGUGAACCUCGUCAAGCACUCCGCCACCUCUCCCUCUAUCUCCACCGCCAUGUCAUCCUCAUACCCGCCCCCGCCCCAGAGCAUGUCCCCUACGUAUCCAGCCUAUGGUCAGAGCCCAUACGGCGCGCCGGUCGGUUACCCGGGGAUGAACAAUUACUAUGGUACCCAACAGAUGGGGUACCAAAACCCAUACACGCAGUCUGUCGGCUACCCGCCAUAUUACGGUGGUGGUCAGAUGCCCACGGCAAUGUCCCCCGCCGCCUCACAGCCCGUUUCGGGUGGCCCGGGAGGCAUGUUCACCCGCAACCUCAUCGGGAGUUUGAGCGCUAGCGCUUUCCGGCUGACCGACCCAGACAACAAGAUUGGCGUGUGGUUCAUUCUGCAAGAUCUCAGUGUGCGGACCGAGGGUACUUUCCGUCUUAAAAUGAGCUUCGUUAAUGUGGGCACACAGUCUGCCGAGACCACCAACGGCGCGCCUGUCAUUAAUCAUGGCUCUGCCCCCGUUCUCGCCUCCGUUUUUUCGGAACCCUUCCAGGUUUUCUCGGCCAAGAAGUUCCCGGGUGUUAUUGAGAGCACCCAGCUCAGCAAAUGCUUCGCUUUGCAGGGGAUAAAGAUUCCCAUUCGCAAAGACGGAGUGAAAGGUCCCCGGGGCCGCGGUGGCGAUGGAGACGACGACGAUGAAGGCGAUUACUAG